AUGUUCCAGGUAAUUAGACGGUUUGCCACAAGUGUAAGCAAUGUGGCAGAUAUCGUUAUUAUUGGAGGUGGUCCAGCUGGACUUACUUUGGGUACUGCAUUGAAGAAUUCACCAGUCACUAAGCAUUUGAAGAUUCAUCUGGUAGAAGGAGGAAAGAUAAUAGAACCGUUGAACAGUUUUCUUGAGACGCCACCCCCAAACUACCUGAACAGGGUCGUGAGUUUAACACCAUCUACAAUUGGAUUCUUGGACUCUAUAGGCGCUUGGAGCCAUUUCAACCAGGAAAGAACUCAGUCGUAUGAUGAUAUUGUAACCUACGACGGGGUAAGUGGAGCUCGUAUGAACUUUGAACAUCCGGAUAUAGCAACAAUGGUGGAAACCACCAACAUUCAAGCAGGUCUGUUGAGUAGAUUGAAUGAGCUUAACAGUCAACAGGAAGUCAAGCUGGUCAUUCAAGAGGACACCAAAGUCACCUCAAUAGCCAAAGAUAGCAUCACCCAAUGGCCUACUCUGAAACUCUCAAAUGGAGACUCUCUUACAUGUCGUCUUCUUGUGGGAUGUGAUGGAUAUAACUCCCCAGUUCGUCAUUUUGCCGGCAUUGAAAGCCGUGGUUGGUCUUAUAAUCGUUGGGGAGUGGUUGCUACUUUCAAGUUCGCUGAUACAGAGUUCAGAUUCCCUACGGGAUGGCAGAGGUUUUUGCCUACUGGCCCAUUAGCUCUUCUCCCUCUUCCUAAUGGCUAUACCUCAAUGGUGUGGUCAACUACUCCAGAAUUAGCCGAAAUGUUGCUAUCUUUAGACGAAACUGAGUUCCUGUCCAUGGUUAACGCAGGAACUCGACUCUCAACCGAGGAACUCUCAAUGAUUUACGAUUUAGCCAAAUCCAAAUCACCAGAUCUGCUAGAGCAAAUUCAAUGGAGGUUGAACCUCUUUGCCGGUAAACUAAAACCAGCAGAUGAGGAGAACUUCCCCCUUCAAGUGUCCGAAAUAGUGACGGGGUCUAGAGCCAGGUUCCCGCUGAAGCUUUCCCAUGCGGACACCUAUGUUGAAGACCGUGUUGCUUUAGUUGGGGAUGCAGCACAUACAACACACCCUCUUGCAGGACAAGGUCUUAACAUGGGGCAAGAAGACGUUAAGUCCUUAGUUGGAGCAUUGGAGCGAGCUACAUCUCGAGGCUUGGACAUUGGUAAUUCGUUAGCGCUGGAGCCUUACUUCAGCGAGAGAUGGCCCCAGAACCACGUUCUACUGGGGGUCAUGGACAAGAUACACAAGAUUUACUCAACAGACUUUGCACCAUUGGUUGCAGCCCGUUCAUUUGGUGUUGAUGUUUUGAAUUCACUGGGACCAAUCAAGGAUUUUAUGGUGGGAAGGAUCAGUGGAAAUUCCAAAAGAUGA